AUGGCUGACCAAAAUGAGAUCGAUUUGGACUCUAUCAUAGAUAGAUUGUUGGAGGUGAGGGGUAGUCGCCCUGGCAAGCAAGUUCAGCUGCUGGAAUCCGAGAUUCGACAUCUCUGCACAAAAGCCCGGGAAAUUUUCAUCUCGCAGCCUAUACUCUUAGAGCUAGAAGCGCCAAUUAAGAUUUGCGGCGACAUCCACGGCCAAUACUACGAUCUUUUGCGCCUGUUUGAAUAUGGCGGUUUCCCCCCAGAAGCCAACUACCUCUUUCUAGGCGACUAUGUUGACAGAGGUAAACAAUCGCUAGAAACAAUCUGCCUUCUCCUUGCAUACAAGAUUAAGUAUCCCGAAAACUUUUUCGUCCUACGCGGCAACCAUGAGUGUGCAUCCAUCAACCGUAUUUAUGGAUUCUAUGACGAAUGCAAACGAAGAUAUAAUAUCAAGCUGUGGAAGACUUUCACCGAUUGUUUCAAUUGCUUGCCCAUUGCUGCUAUUAUUGACGAGAAGAUUUUCACAAUGCAUGGCGGGUUGAGCCCUGAUUUGAACUCGAUGGAACAAAUUCGACGCGUCAUGCGCCCUACAGAUAUUCCGGAUUGUGGCCUUCUCUGCGACCUUCUCUGGUCUGAUCCCGAUAAAGACAUUACAGGCUGGAGCGAAAAUGACCGGGGGGUAUCGUUCACCUUUGGACCAGACGUGGUUUCAAGGUUCUUGCAGAAACAUGACAUGGACCUUAUAUGCCGUGCUCACCAAGUAGUCGAAGACGGAUACGAAUUCUUUUCCAAACGUCAGCUGGUCACACUUUUUAGCGCUCCGAAUUAUUGCGGGGAAUUUGAUAACGCUGGAGCCAUGAUGAGUGUUGAUGAAAGCCUUCUCUGUUCAUUCCAAAUUUUGAAACCAGCGGAAAAGAAACAAAAGUACGUCUACGGGGGCAUCAGCACAGGCAGACCCACCACUCCCCCUAGGAAACAGAAAAAGAAGUAG